AACAGGGCGACUCUUGGUAGGAGGCAGUGAUGGGUGGAGGGCCCAGGAUGCUGGGGAGGCAACGGGGUCGUGCCAUGAAGGAUGCCCGCUGGCCGGGCAAAGUCAGGGAGACUCUGCCGCCAGAAAUGAGGGCAGCGCUGAGUGAUGGGGACUCUGGCCAUAAAGAAGGAAAAUUCCGCAUGGCUGGGAAAGCAUUUGGGGGGGUCUUGCGGAUGCUUCCCUGUUUGGUUUCCACAUGACGUCAUUUCUCUUUCCAGCCCAGGGGCCUCCCAGAUGCCUGGAGCAGAAAGAAGGCGCUGGUGGCGGGCAUCAUCCCGAGCAAGAGCUGAGGACAAAGCACUGAAGGAAAGCCUGGCUCCAAACCCCGCCGUGCAUCAGCGCUGGAGGCCCGCCCAGGCCCAGAUCAGUGGAGGGCAGCUACAGGGAAUGAGGUCAAGUUCCAUCUAGUUGCACGGUGUCCUUUCACGCAGGGCACCAGAGAUACCUUUUCGAGUUAAGUGGGUUAAGCCAUGGUGUCAGAAUCACAGUAGACCCCCGGCAAGUCCCCCCAAGGUGGGUGCCUCGUCCCUGGCAACCAUACAUCUAGUAAGGUGCGCACAGCCGUCACCAGAAGACUCUGUGGCCGGGGCGCCACCGUCCAGCUUGCCGUCUCACGUGUGGUUCUCAGGUGUCUUUCCAGAAUGCUCAGAGGCUCCUCUCAAGUUUCCUUGCGAUGCAGUCGUCCUGAGGGUGUUGCCUACAAAGGGCCUGGAUUCCUCCUUUUCACCACGGAGUUCGAUAAGGGAUCCCGAAACCCAACAACCGAAAAAGUUAGUUAGCGCACUUAGCAUAAGGCAGCGGGCAGCUGUCCACGCCACGCGAGUUCUGGCUCAGAGAGGCCCAGUGUGCAGGAGCCCAGGAGGGGAGUUUGCGGCCAGGGAUGAGUGGCCGCGUGCCGCUGGCGGAGAAGGCCCUGUCUGAGAGCUAUGCCCGGCUCCGGUACCGGGACACCUCCUUGCUCAUCUGGCAGCAGCAGCAGCAGAAACUGGAAUCCGUGCCCCCUGGGACAUACCUGAGCAGGAGCCGAAGCAUGUGGUACUCCCAGUACGGAAACGAGGCCAUCCUGGUCCGGGACAGAAACAAGCUUGAGGUCUCCCGGGACACGGGCCAGUCCAAGUUUUGUACGGUCAUGUAACCCCAGCCUGAAGACCGGGGCCCAGGCACCAGGCUGGGGGGAGAGCAGGCCACGUUUCGUUCAGGGGCCUUGGUGAUUUCCAGUCCUUACUGGGAGAUGGCGAAUAGUGAGCGCGAAGACGAAGCCGGGCCGGUGGCGCCCAAACCCUCUCUCACGGGAUCGAGUGACUGGCGGACCUGGCCUCUGGGCCCGGUGCCUGGUCCGCUGGCACUGCGGGCACAGCCCAGGCCGGGGCACGGCCAGACACUGCUUUUCUCUGCCGCUUCCAAACGAACCAAGCAAGGGGGACUCCCUGGCUACAAACCACCUUUUCAGAACUUUCUAGGCUGUUGUUAGCAUUCCCCCUUCUGCCUGGUCUGGAGACAGAUCUGGAAAAAGGUGGAGGAGUUAGCGCCACGUACGGGCAGGCAGCGUCUGCGGGGGGCAGGCUGGAUUCCGAGGCCAGCGGUGGUACCGCAGCAGGGACUGACGCCGCGCGUCUUGUUCCAAGAUGGGCAUCGCGUGCGAGGCGCGGGGCAGCUUCCGCACCAGCUGCCGAGUACGUCCCAACACGGGGCGGAAGCCCGGAACUACUGGGCUGGAAUCGCGUGGCUGGAAAAGGCCGGUGCGGCUUCGCAGUGCGCCACCUCUGCGGGGCCGGGCGCGUGCCGCGGGAGGCAUUUUCAAAGGCUUUGCCGUCUGCUGUGACUGAAGGGUGUGAGGCUAUGCAACUGUGGGAAUCUUUUGUCAAGGCUGGCUUUUCUAAAUAAAUACCCUUUGGGACACUC